AUGGGAUUUUUGACGUUCACAUCUGUAACUUGGAUUGCACUAGCUAACGCUAAGCCUGAAGCUGGCUAUAGUCGAGACUCCAUAACCAUGAUUGUUGCACCAGUUGGUGUUGGUAUAAUUGGUGCUGUUGCUUAUCAUUUUCUGUGGACAAUUGCCAUGUAUCUCACUGGAGCCUUCAGUGGGUUCAUUUUUGCUGUCUUCAUUUGUUGUUGGCGAAGCGACCUGCUUAUAGUAAAUCUUAUAGGUCGAUAUGCUUUCUUGGGUGGUAUGGCAUUGCUCUUCGCCAUUGCUCUCUAUUUCGCACAUCGCCCUAUCAUGCUUUUUGCGACGUCAUUCGUAGGUGCUUAUGCUGUCAUGUUUGGUAUUGAUUGUCUAGCCAGAGUCGGGUUUAUUGCAGGCCCUGAAGCUUUGUUAAAUCGUAAUCCUCGGCAUAUAAUAGAAUAUCGAGUAGGCACCUUUGUUUACGUGCUAUUAGCUAUGGUGCUGGUAUUAUUCUUGUUAUCGUUUAUAUGGCAGUUUUUGUUUAACGCUGCAUAUGAAUUCGGUCUUCAUGUUGCCGCUGCUGUGAAAGGCAAGCAGGCCCAUGAAGAGUUUCAUGAACAUCAAUCUAGAGAACCACAUCACGACGAUCCACCUGCUGCUGCUUCUGUUGCUGCAGUUAAUGAUGACCAUCAUUCCCAUCAUACUCACACAUGA